AUGAACUUGUUACUUUCCGACGAUUAUCUCCUCCAGGAUUACCCCGAGAACAUCACGAAUACGAUCCGAUCAGGACAUGCGACAACAUUGCGCUUCAACCGCCAGGGCGAUUACCUGGCGUCCGGCCGAGUCGAUGGAACAGUGGUAGUAUGGGAUCUCGAGACUAUGGGAGUAGCCAGAAAAUUGAGAGGCCACAAUAAGAGCAUCACAUUCCUAAGUUGGUCGCGAUGUGGGCAGUAUCUUCUCACGACCUGCCAAGGAUGGAAAGCUAUUCUCUGGGACCUUCAGGAUGGCAACCGUCUACGAGAGGUUCGCUUUCGCGCGCCGGCAUAUAUGGCCGAGCUUCAUCCAUGGAACCACCUUCAAUUCGUCGCGGCGCUUUUCGAAGAGCAGCCUGUUCUUGUCGAUGUCACCGAUCCCGUUGACGUAAAACAUAUCUUACCAUCCGCACCGAAGAGAUCGAAUAGCGACGGCGACGCCGCAUUGCGCGAGAAACAAGCUAAAGAAGACGCCAAGCAAAUGACAACUUGUGCGGUCUGGAGCACCACGGGAGACCACAUUCUCGCUGGCACGAACAAGGGAAAACUAAAUAUUAUCGAUGCGAAAACCUACGAAAUCAUAUACUCGGAUAAAAUAUGCGCAGGAGUCAUUACGACAAUGAGAAUGACGGUGUCAGGCCGUGAAUUACUUGUCAAUUCACAAGACAGAAUUAUUCGAACAUUCCGAGUGCCUAACUUGCUUGCGGAAAACCUCGAUCUCGACACGUUACAGGUGCCAUUGGAGCACAAGUUUCAGGACGUCGUCAACAGGCUGUCAUGGAAUCAUGUCACAUUUAGUGCUACUGGCGAAUACGUAGCAGCCUCGACGUAUAACAACCACGAGCUGUACGUUUGGGAGCGCAAUCACGGCAGUCUCGUAUGUAUGCUCAAAGACCCAAAAGAAGAACAAGGAGUGAUAGAGUGGCACCCAACUCGUGCUCUCUUAGCUGCCUGUGGUUUGGAAACCGGUCGCAUAUACAUAUGGUCUGUCGUGAGUCCGCAAAAAUGGUCGGCACUGGCGCCAGACUUUGCCGAAGUGGAAGAAAAUGUUGAGUACAUUGAGAAGGAGGACGAGUUUGAUAUUUACGCGCAAGAAGAAAUUCACCGAAGGCGACUGGACGCGGAAGACGAAGAAGUGGAUGUCUUGACGCUCGACCCAUCCAAGACUCUGGAUGAAGACGAAAGCUUCCGGAUGCCAAUCCUGUUUAAUCUCGGCGAGAGCGAUAGUGAGGAUGAAUUCAUCGCCGUAUCCACCGGUACCAUGAGACCCUCAGGCAACACCCAGAGCUCUAUGAAGUCCCAAAGAGGAUUAGCGCGUGACCUGCUGCCAGCCGCUCUCAAGUCCAGAUUCUUUCAGGCUUCCCCCGUCCUUCUCGCUUUAACCACGACAAACUUUGCCUACAACACAAAGUCAUCACAUCGCGCGUCGGGCAUCGCGCGCAACUUAUCGAAACAGCUCAACGACCGACAUCGACCGAUUGACGACAUCGCCGACCGCGAUUUUUCGAUUUUCUGCGACUUACGAGGUGGCGGCGACGGGGGAGACCAGCCUGAGGUUCACCUAGGCCCGGUCGGCCAGGACAGGCGUUGCGGCUCAUCGCCAUCCAGCAAUCGCAUUUGA